AAUUCAAAUCAUAUGCAUCUGUCAUUGAAUCAAUAUUUUUCAGAAAAAGUAUAUAAAACCAAUAAGAGCACAAAGCAAGGCAUGUUUAGAUCGUGACACAUUUCAAACUAUUCUUCAUUCUGUAAUCUCGGACGUCCUUAUCUGUUACUGCUCCAUAACCAGAGCCCCAGAACCCCCAGUUUGCUUUCUCUUUCUGUGCACCUUCGAUCAUUUGAUGAGCAACUCAGACUUGCGUUCUCUGUCUAUUUUAUCGGGUGACCCGGUUUCCCUGGCUCGGUCGGUUGCGGUUACCUCACUGUGCUGCGAAGCUAUUGGUCGAGCGGGCGCACUCUCCGACUUUUGCUAUUCGAGUGAUAUUGGGCUGCGGUGACGUAAGCGAACGGGCGCGCAGAAAUUUUCCAGACGCGGACAGAGGAGCGAGCUCGCGUAGACCCAAAACGGUCCAACCCAGAAAGAGAGAGAGAGAGAGAAAGAAAGAGAGAGAGAGAGAGAGAGAGAAAGAAAGAGAGAGAGAGAGAGAGAGAGAGAGAGAGACGCAUACAAGCACGCAUACCAAGUAGUCGUUUGCAAGGCGCUCGGCUGCUUGUCGCGCUCAGUAUCGGACCCAGUGGAGCUGUUCAGCGUUUAUCGGUAGUGUCACCGAACGGUCCCCACGCUCGCGGAACCGCUGACCCAUGUGAUACUGCAGCGUUGCGAGCGCGGAAGGGAGGGUGGGGGGCGAGAGACACAUUUUCCCCCUGCAUCUCCACUCGGUAGACUGGAGAAGCAGGUGCACACUUUGGAGAGAGAGAGAGAGAGAGAGAGAGAGAGAGAGAGAGAGAGAGAGAGAGAGAGAGAGAGAGAACGCUGGAGGGGGGGCGGGGUAGAGACGCGAGCGUGGAUCUCUCACCGUCGCAGUCCUCCGCGAGGAUGUAUCCAACAGCGAGGCUCCGUCAAUGCAACGGAAUCACAUGUGCCCCUGUGAUCUAACGGCGGUUCCGUUCUGUUUCUCUGGGUUCGGAUGGUCCGCGCGUUCCAUACGCAAUUCAACCGGGAAAUCAACGCACACCAGCCAUGGCGCUGGUCAUGGAACCCAUCAGCAAAUGGUCCCCGAAGCAGGUGCUGGACUGGAUGAAAGGGUUGGACGACUGUUUGCUGCAGUAUAUGAGGACGUUUGAGAGAGAGCAGAUAACCGGAGAGCAGCUGCUUCACAUCACCCAUCAGGAGCUGGAAGAGCUUGGCGUGACCCGCAUCGGACACCAGGAGCUCAUUCUGGAGGCUGUGGACUUACUCUGCGCACUGAACUAUGGCCUAGAAACAGAGAAUUUGCGGACUUUGUCGCACAAACUCAAUGCUUCCGCUAAGAACCUGCAGAACUUCAUCACAGGCCGCCGCCGCGGGGGUCAUUAUGACGGACGGGUGUCACGGCGCCUUCCCAACGACUUCCUGACAUCAGUUGUUGACCUCAUCGGAGCAGCUAAAAAUCUACUAGCCUGGCUGGACAGGUCUCCAUUUGUCAGUGUUUCUGAGUACUCAGUGCUGAAGAACAACAUUGUUCAGCUCUGUCUAGAGCUAACCACCAUAGUACAGCAGGAUUGCACAGUGUAUGAAACAGAGAAUAAGAUUCUACAUGUGUGCAAGACUCUAUCAGGUAUCUGUGAGCACAUUAUUUCAUUGUCGUCUGAUUCGUUGGUGUCACAGUCCGCUCACCUAGAGGUUGUCCAUCUGACGAACGUCAUGCCUAGCGAAGGCUUGGGCAUGUACAUCAAGUCCACAUAUGACGGUCUUCAUGUGAUCACUGGAACCACAGAGAAUUCUCCUGCAGAUCAGUGUAAGAAGAUCCAUGCAGGUGACGAGGUCAUUCAGGUCAAUCACCAAACUGUGGUGGGCUGGCAGUUAAAGAAUUUGGUCAACUGUCUCCGUGAGGAUCCGAGCGGAGUCAUCCUCACACUGAAGAAGAGGCCACAGAACACUCUGGGCUCCACCCCUGCACUGCUGAAGAAUGCCCGCUGGAAACCACUCGCCCUGCAGCCGCUGUCCACAAGCCCAUGCAGUGGUUCUCCCACGCCCCCCAGCACGCUUGGGUCGGUGGGCCUCUCACCUGGAGUGGACACACCUGGAGGACAUGAUGUGUUUAUUCUUUCCCCCGUCUACGGACACAGAGAGGAUGAUCUGGAUCGGGGUGGGUUUGGUGUGUUUGGCUCAGAUUCUCCGGGGUAUUAUGUAGAACAGGAAGUACUAGGGGGUCAGUACUUCCCCCUCCUGGAAGAGGAUUCUGGGAGAAAUACCGGACUGCGACGCAGAGAUCGCACCCCAACUCACAGUGACAUCCGACAGGUUUCAAUGGGAACUGAAUGGCUGGCAGAGCCUCAAGAAUCCGGAGUUUACAAAAGAGGAAGCAGAGAUUCUGAUUCCUCCCUCUUGCGGUUCCUCAGUGAUGAUAGGAUUUUGUUGAUCCAGGAAGAGGCAGAGUUUUCCCAGCGUGACACUAGCAGGCGAUCCAGAAAGAAGAGCCGAAACCCCAGCAGUCCCAGUUUUCCCAUUAGUCCCUCUAUGCUUGCCCCUCCUGUGCGUCUGGACACAGGUCCCCCUGAAGGGCUGCCCUUCCCUGUUCCAGACUCGAAUACGAUGCCACACUACCAUAGAGCUGCAGACACACUCCGAGCAGAUGCUGAUAGAUAUGCCAGUUCAGGACUUGACCGGCAAGCAGGGGCAUCAAUGAGGAAGUCUGUACAUUACGCCUCUCUGAGGACCAAGCCCAAGAAAAAAAGCAAAGGUUCCCUCAGCAGUGCCAGCAGGAGGCGUAUUGCUUGCAAAGAUCUGGGUCAUGGUGACUGUGAAGGCUGGCUAUGGAAAAAGAAGGACGCCACAGGCUACUUCACACAGAAAUGGAAGAAGUACUGGUUCGUUCUCAAAGACUCCAACCUGUACUGGUACACCAAUCAGAACGAUGAGAAAGCAGAGGGCUUCAUCAGUUUGCCAGAGUUUCGGAUAGACAGAGCAAUUGAGUGCAGGAGGAAACAUGCCUUCAAAGCAUGUCAUCCCAAAAUUAAGAGUUUCUUUUUUGCUACAGAUCAUUUAGAGGAGAUGAACAGGUGGAUGAAUCGUUUAGGCUUGGCUGCGAUUGGCUACACGCCUGAUGAUCCGGUACCACGUCCUGAUGAAGAUUACUGGAGUGAGAGUGACCAGGAUGAAGUUGAUGGCUCUAUGACGCUCAAACAGGAAGCCACGUACCACCACAACCCUCCUGCAACUUCGUCCAGUCCAUUUCCUGAGCGCCAUUUUUCCAGCGGUUCCACAUUCUCGCAUUCCUCCGCCGAAGAGUCGCAUUCUUCCUGCCGAUCCUCCCAUCGAGAACGCCGCUCAUGGCAGGACCUGAUUGAAACCCCCUUGACCAGCACAGGCCUACACUACCUUCAGACCGCAGAAGAGGAGGAGCCAGCCCUGCUGUCACCUGACCAGCACCGACAGGCCACGCUCCCCGCCCAGCGUCGGCGUCCUCUUGAACGUGACGGGCCGUUUCCGUUGACGGACAGCGAAGAGUCCCGGCCUCGCCAUCACACUCACAAGCAGCGCAGUCAGAGCCUCCCUCGCCACCGCGACACACACGGACACUCGCACCGCAGCACCCGUACACACGCCCACGCACACACACACGGCACCCUGAGGCCGAGGACUCAUCUCCAUGAGGAGGAGGAGGAAGAAGAAGAGGAGGAAAAGCAGGUUCGCAAAUCUAGCAGUAGGAGGCCUGAGAGCGAAGAGAAAGUGUCCGAUGGCACGGACGGCCUGCAAGAGCUGUACAGAUCAUUGGAGCAGGCCAGCCUCUCAGCUUUCGGCCAACAGAGGCCUUCCACUAAACAAGAGUUCAGACGCUCCUUCAUCAAACGCAGCAAUGACCCCGCCACAAAUGAAAGACUGCACCGCAUUCGAGUUCUCCGCUCCACGCUAAAGGCAAAGGAGGGCGACUUGGCGAUAAUCAGUCAGUUGCUGGACGACCCUUGUUUGACCUCAAGGAGGUUUCGUGAAUGGAAGCAACGAAACCACGAGCUCUUCCUGGAUAUCUGUGAGUUCAGCUCUGCACCACUGGAACCGCCCAGCGAGUCCAACGACCUUUCACCUCUCUCGCCAACGCUGAUGAUGCACACUCACUCUUUCAUAGAAACGCACGUGUGAAACACAGUCACGCACACACACAACUAAUAAACAGUCACAUGCUAAAAUACAGACAUAAAGGUAUAUGAAUAACGUGAGUCGUGCGUUUCAAACCCAAUCACACAAACACACACACACACACACACACACACACACUUUGAAAAACACUGUGGAUCCAGACUGUCUUCACUUUUUCCUUGACGGAUGACCCGAUACUGCCCUCCUCUUGACUGCGAGUGACACAGGAUAGAACCAAUACACUGUAAGAUCAAUGUCAAAGAACUGACCCAGCCUCCAGAACUACUGCAGACAGACACGCAGCCACUGAAAGGUGACUCAAACUGCUCAAACGUCACGGAAGCGAAAGUGUUACCUGCACAUUUACGGCUCACUGCAAACUCUGUACAAUAUAUUUCAUCACGGCCACAUUUUGAGACGGAUGAAAGAAAGGCCCCGUGAGGUGCCCACUGCAUGCCUGAAGAAACAUCUUUUCAGAUUAAUUGAAAACCUGUUGAACAAAGUAGGACCGUAUAUGAAACAAAUCUUUUAUUUUUCUCUCUGAUUGGAGUUAAAAAAUCUUUUUUUUUGAUAUACAAGUCUUCUGCAGAUUUUGUUUGUUCGUUUAUUCAUUUUAUAUAUUUUUCAUUUGAUUUUUGUUUUUGAUUUCCUUCCCUCGGAAUGCUGCAGGAAGAGCACUCAUGUAGCCAUGGGCAACAGGCUUUACUCUGUUACCAAGCAACACCGCCCUACUGUGUUACUCUAUACAACUCUCAAAGCAAACAAGAGUGUAGGAAAGUGUGUGUGCGUGUGUGUGUGUAUGUAUGUACGUGUGCACGUAUGUGUGCGUGUGUAUUAGAGAUAUGAGAGAAAGACAGUAAACGAGUCAGUUGGAUGCCGAAGAGUCUCUUUUUGAGAGUUUGAUGACAUUUGCAUUCGGGAAAAGAUGAACUCCUGGCAGGUAGUAACGUGUUUAAUUUGGCUUCUUUAGAAUAUUUAUAUUAUAGCUAAACUCAUGCAUGGUUUAAAAAAGUAUUACUAUAUGCUAUCAGGCCAGAGAACAGUCUGUAUAUAAGAACAUAUUAUUUGCAUAGCUGCAUCCUCUGUUUAAAACUGUGAAUUGUACUCGUGAAUGCAAUCUUUUGACUCUGCGAACGCAGAACCUUUCUACUCUCUAUUUUUUUCUACAAAAAAAGAAGACAAAAGAUGAAAAGCUUUGCUUCUCUGAUGUUAUGACUGUUUUUGCUUGUUUCCGGGUCUUUGCUGGUCAUUACCUCUGAGCUAUGGGCUACAUUCAGGUCGUUAAUUUCUGUUUGCUAAUGUACGUGUCCCUUAGACAGACUCCACAAGCCUAAAACCAACAUUUUUUCCCCCCCUUUCGCAAUUCUAGACGUCAGUGGCUCAGGAUUCUAGAAUUGGAUAAAGUAAAACGGGAGAGAAUUAGAGGUUAAAAUAAAAAAUAAAAAAAUCAAUUGGUUCAUUCUCGGCGGUGGAGCACAAAACGUCCCCUUUCCACAUGUCGUGUGUGUGUGUUCUCAAUCGUCCACAUUACAGACACAUUGGUUUUAAACGCAGCCCUGCAUAUGUGCUCAGUGUUACAGUUAAGUUUGAUUGUCACUUUUUUGAAUCUUGUGGGAUGUAUUUUAAUUGAAUAGAAUGUACUCAUUCAAUGGCUUGUUAAUUGUAAAUUUCAUUAGAACAAACACACACUGCCCACACACAGACAAUACUCUUACGUCCGUGGUUGAUGCUUUCUUACCAAAGCGACUCUCAAAAUCACAUCUGCCCAUUGCAGUUACCUUUUUAACGAUUAUUUUUAUGUAGAAUGUUACACUUCACUGUGUUUCAUCUCAUGAGGUGUGUGUGUGUGUGUGUGAGUGAGCGAGCGAAUGCGUGUUAUCAAGGCCAUCGGGGUUUCACUGUGGUUUUAAGGGCAUGUCCCCCCUCUCUCCCCCACACGGCUAUGCUGUAUAAGGUGUAAGUUGCACUGCAACAUUGAGACGGAACAUAUUGCUCUUUUUUCAAGGUUUUCUUUCAAAAAUUCCCCUUCUGUAUAUUAAAACACCAGGAAGAGCCUGAUAUUUAUUCACAGUAUUAUUCAAAGCUAACCCUCUUUGCUUUCAGAAAUAUAAAUACAUAUAUAAAUAUAUAUAAUACAGAUUGUAAAAUGUUAAACUAAUAAACUGAGUUCUCUGCACUCUG